CACCCCUCCCUCCUCCCCCUGCACCUCACUUUCCAUCUUGCUCCCUGAUCGUCACCGUUUUUCUCUAUUUGCAGUGUCACAUCCGCCGCUCUGGUACUUACCGCGCCGUCUCCUCACUGUCCGUUCUCCAACUUUUUCUUUUUGUUUUUUCCGCCGGUCUUUCCCCGACUUAUUCACGACUUGUGCUUUCCGGAGCAGUUUUUCCCCUCACUGUCAUCAAAGCCCGGCUUUUCCGCUCUGAUUGACUUGCGAUCCGCGAUUUUUAUUAUCUUUUUUGCCCUUUUUGCCCUUUUUUGCGUGAAUUCGUAGUUCUGUGGACAAUUUUCUUGGUUUUUAUCGUCAACGUUCUUCAUCCUCACACACACGUUUGUCCGUCUAUUUCUCUGUCAUGAGUUUUCGUAACGAUUUUCUGAACACCACCAACAGUCGUGGUAUCCCCGGACGGUUCGCCCGUCGUACGCAGCUGCUGAACGCUGAUCUGGCCCGUGCUUCCCAGUCGUCGAACGCCAGCAGUCCCGACUCGGGCAAUGCACAGUCGAUGGACCACAGCCCUCUGCCCUUGAACAACACAUUCGAAAAGGACGCUACUGCCACGGCAGACAUUGGUGCUGCGUGAGCCCUGGUUGCUGUGGUGCCGGUACCGAAAUCGGGAUG